CUGAUCCCUAGCAGAAAACACUUCGAAGAUGCGUCAAGGCAAGUAUGGCUGCGCCCAUUCUUAAGUGGAAGCGGGUCACUAAUACGACGGGCCCACAGCCCAGGCCUCGCCAUGGACACCGCGCAGUGGCAAUUAAGGACCUUAUGGUUGUAUUCGGAGGUGGGAACGAAGGAAUUGUGGACGAAUUGCACGUAUACAACACUGCCACCAAUCAGUGGUUUGUUCCCCCGGUGAAAGGAGAUGUUCCCCCAGGAUGUGCUGCUUAUGGUUUUGUUGUCGAUGGCACACGCAUCCUUGUCUUUGGGGGAAUGGUUGAGUAUGGCAAAUACAGCAAUGAACUCUAUGAGCUCCAAGCUUCAAGAUGGGAGUGGAAACGUGUUAAACCCAGGCCACCUCGCAACGGGCCACCUCCAUGUCCGCGCCUUGGUCAUUCCUUCACCAUUAUCAACAACAAAGUCUACCUUUUUGGAGGGUUGGCAAAUGAUAGUGAGGACCCUAAAAAUAAUAUCCCAAAGUACCUAAAUGAUCUCUACACAUUGGAACUGCGUCCAAACUCAAGUGUAAUGGCAUGGGAUAUCCCAGACACAUAUGGAGUGCCACCUCCUCCCAGAGAAUCCCAUACAGGAGUGGCGUACAUGAGCAAAGACAAACCCAAAUUAGUUAUAUAUGGAGGAAUGAGUGGCACCAGAUUGGGAGAUUUGUGGAUCCUUGACGUUAAUACCAUGACCUGGGAAAGGCCAACAGUAAGUGGUGUUCAUCCUCUUCCAAGAUCUCUGCAUUCAGCCACUCUUUUGGGAAACAAAAUGUUUGUCUUCGGAGGAUGGGUUCCACUUGUUCUGGAGGAGUUGAAAGGACCCAACAAUGAGAAGUCUGAGUGGAAAUGCACAAACACUUUAGCAUGUCUCAACCUUGAAAACAUGGCUUGGGAAAACGCCAUGAUGGAGAAGUUUGAGGACCAGAUGCCUCGUGCUCGGGCUGGACACUGUUCUGUGGGGAUACAUUCAAGACUGUUUGUGUGGUCCGGCAGAGAUGGAUACAGGAAAGCUUGGAAUAAUCAAGUUUGCUGCAAAGACUUAUGGUACCUGGAGACAAGUGUACCUGGAUCACCAGGUAGAGUCCAGCUUGUUAGAGCAUCCACUACUACCCUAGAAGUGUGCUGGGGUGCCACACCUUGUGCAGAUGCUUACCUGCUUCAGAUUCAGAAGUACGACAUCCCAACUCCAGCUUCAACAGUCCCAACUCCAACAACUCCCACCAGCACUCCUGCCACCACCAGCUUACCUUUGACUCCAGCCAACAAGCCCAUCACCCUUACUCAAACUGUUUUAAGACCAGCAACACCAGGAGCUGUAACACCUUUGACUCCCACGACACCACAGACGAUAAGAGCUGGUGGAAAUAUUGUUAGAGUUCGUGCCCCAGGAACAGGACAGAUCAAAGUAAUAGGAACUGGAGGUCAGACCACACAGAUUCUACGUGGUGGAUUGCCAGCAACAACAACUGCAACUUCACAAGGUGGAAUGUCAGGCAUUGCAGCGUUAGCAGCUGCCGCUGCAGCAACACAAAAAAUUACAACCAGUACCGGAACAACAACUUCUCCAACAACAGUUAAAGUUGUACAACCAACAACACUUGUUACACCUCAAGGUGUGAAAGUUGCAACUACUAUAGCAGGCCAAACUGUGAGAUUGGUGUCACCUUCAGGACAAGUGUUAAACACCCAGGGUACCACAGUUGCAGGGCAAAGUGGCAAGCAGUUUAUACUACAAAAAAGUGGUGUCCCUGGAUCUCAACCACAAAUUGUAACUCUGGUCAAGACGAGUAAAGGUCUGACUCCAAUGUCCAAAGUAAAUUUGGUUCAGAGUAAGGCUGGUGUAGGCGGGCAGGGCGCAACAAUAGUGAAGCUGGUCACAACACAGGCAGGAGGUCCAGGCAAACCCAUCAUGACCACAUCGACCACACAGCCAGGCCAGAUCCUAAGCUUGCCAAGUGGUACACAGACUGCUGGGAAAACUGUCAUACAAGGACAGAAUAUUGUUAUUGCUAAACAACAGCUUGGUACCACGACUGUAGGAGGAAAGCAGACAAUAGUAAUCACGAAGCCAGGAGCUGCUGGAACUAGUGUUGUGCGGCCACAGACCUCUCAGAUUAUUGUUGUCACCACUGCAUCAGCCAUCAGAACACUACAAACAGGCACAACCACUACAAUGGCGACUGGCCAACCUGCUCAGGUGUCAGCUGGUGGAGGUGUGAAGAUGAUUGUGGUAUCAUCUGGUGGUGUGGCUGGCACCACAACCACACAGGCUGUCACCAAGCCCAUGACUAUUACUGUGGCUGGACAGGCAGGACAGGCUGGUGCCACCACCAAGACAGUCACCAUAGCUGCCAAAAGUGGCACUCCUAGCACCACAACUCUCCUCAACACUGGGUCAGGUCAGAUUAUUGCUGUACCUGCUCAGGGUCUGCUGCAGUCAGGGCAGCAGUCUCUUACAAUUGGAGGAAAACCUGUAACAGUACAAGUAACUACAGCUGGAGGUCAAAAGACUGUGACUUUAGUCACAUCCCAGGCUGCCAGCAGUGCAACUACAUCCACAACUUCUAGUACUAGCACAUCAAGCACAGCAACCACAAAUCAGCCAACAACAUCAAUUGGUAGUGCAGGAGAUGGCCCUGUUACCUCGGAUGCAGCUCUUGCAGCUUUGGCAGCUGAGGCAGGCCUGAUCAUGCCAUCAGGGGAAGGAGAGCAGGGUAAUGAACAUGUGGCUGCAGUUGGAACCCAGCAGGAUCAGUCUGAGAAGAGUGGAUCAUCUCAAAAUACGUCUGAAGAAGUAAUGGAAACAAAUGCUUCUUCGGAAACUUCAAAACAGUCAAUAGCAAGUAAUUCAGAAAAUCUAGAUGAUGUUGAUGCGAAAAGAACUGAGGGAAACACACUAACAAAUGUUGAAGGCGAAAAUGCCAUUAAACAAGAACCCAUGGAUACUGGUGAUGGGACUGGGGAAGCAAGUUGUGCAGGACAGGCAGCAGGUGGUGUGGGUGAGGCCGGUGAGCCUACUGAUCCGUUAGCGACAUUAGCAUCCGCAGCUAUCAAUUCCUCCCUCAGCACAACAACGCCCACUAUCAAAAAUGAAGAUACCACAACGACGCUUGCUAAUGGCAUAAAACAGGAAACGAGUGAAAUAAAGAAGCCAGAAGAAGAGUGGUAUGAUGUUGGCAUCAUCAGAGGAACCGUCUGUACAGUCCAAGCCUACUAUUUGCCCACAGAAGCAGAUUCUCUCAAAAAUGAAUCCUAUACUGAUGCUGAGGGAGAGGUUACCGAAAGAAAAGCAAGUGGGAUUGAAGUCAAGUUACAGCCCGGCACUGCAUAUAAAUUCAGAGUUGCUGGAAUUAAUCCAUGUGGAAGGGGUCCAUGGAGUGAAGUUUCAGCCUUCAAAACUUGUUUACCUGGUUAUCCGGGGGCACCAUCAGCUAUUAAAAUUUCUAAAUCUGCAGAAGGUGCACAUUUAUCAUGGGAACCCCCACAAAAUGCUGCUGGUGACAUUGUGGAAUAUUCUGUUUAUUUGGCAAUUAGAAAUGCAGCAACUCAACAGCAGGUGGGUAAAAAGGAUGCUAAUAAUGGUGGAGCUCAUCUGGCAUUUGUACGUGUGUAUUGUGGUGCCAGCAACCAGUGUACAGUACUCAACACACAGCUUGGAGCAGCGCACAUCGAUACAACUAAUAAACCAGCAAUCAUAUUUAGAAUAGCAGCUAGAAAUGACAAAGGAUAUGGCCCUGCUACACAAGUUAGGUGGUUACAGGAUUCUGUAGUGGGUGGAUCAGCUGGAGGACCAAAAGUAGUCAUGAGAAGACCUGCCACAGAUAACCGUUCUCCAGUUACUGUUAAAAAAUUCAAGGCAGAUGGAGAGCCUAUGCUAUAGUGCUCAGCAGGAACCACCUCAGUUUGAGUUAGCUGCCAUAUGACCCGGUGUAUGGGGGGGAGGGGGAUUGUCUUUGGCCAGGGGAAUGAACCUUCUGGACUUUAAGUGCCAAAGAUAAGGAUGAGAUUACCCAGUGUAGUGUUAUUCCGGGUUAGAGUUUCAGGCCCCAGAGUGUGUGAGUGUGUGUGUGAGUAUGUGUGCGUGUGCAUAGACAAUUUGUGCAACUGGUAUUAUGAGGGGUCUUGGGCAGUCACACAUAUAAGAAGCUUUUUCUGAAAUUGAGUAAUGGGAGGAGCUUAAGUUAUCUUUCUUGCACGAAGUAGUGCAUGGUGACUUGCUGUGACCCACUUUUUUCUAUAUUCCUACUCAUCCUUUUUUUUUUCUUCUUCUUUUUUUUCAUUCUCCUUUUAAUGAUGUAAUUACUUUUAUUUCCCUUCCAUUUCACCGGUAAGUGUUGCUACUUUAUGAUCUGAACCAAAUAUAUGUUGCAAAGUGAUAAAAGGGUCCUGAGUGCCCCAUGACUUCAUUUUAUUUAUAUACUACAUUAAUGUACAUUUAAGGUCCAUCCAAACUGUUAAUUUCAUGUAAAUGUUUGUCGCUGCUUUCUACCCAUAGGAUAUAAGUAUUCUUUAUGGCAUUCAAUGAAUGCUCGAAGUAAUGUUUUCCAAAGUUAAGAACUUUGUAUGCCAGCGUACUCUUUAUUCUCCAUGUGUCAUGGAGAAAACUUUUACCUGAAAAGUGACACCCUGUUCUCUGGAGCAGCAUGUUGUAUAUACUGUGAAGUUGGUAAGAGGUUGAACCUCUUAAAAAGUGUUGAGCAGCAUUGAUGUCCCAGAGGCUGCAUUCCUUAUUAGUGGACCCUUGCUCUGAUCUCAGGGUGUGUAUGAACCACCGGUAGAGUUGUACACCUAACCAAAACUCCACUUGGCCUUAGUAAGCUACAGUCAUGAGCUAGGCAAUGCCAUUAAACCCUUUUGUCACCAGUCCAUCUCAUCUCCAUCUUCCUGUAACAGUAAUCAUUCUUUCAUUACUGGUCCUCCAAAUGUCUUCAUGUUAUUAAAUGAAUUAGUGAUAUAGGUAAAGCAGCCAUUUAUUUUUACACCCAAAGGACAAUGUGGCUCAUGCUUGAUUUUACUGCACUAAACUUUUUAAAAUUCUCUCCUGCAUAUCACCUUCCUCUUACAUGCGAAAUGAGUCGGCUCUAUAGUGUUAAUGCAUACAUCAUUGUAGAUAUCACUCCUCCCACCCUCAACCCUGCCUGUAAGGUUAUUGCAAACUAGAGAAGGAUGCAUGUUGAUGUUCCUUAAAACAACACUUUGUAUUUGGUGCCGGCAGCCCCUGGAUCCCCUAGCUACUACUUUUAUCAAACUUAGUUGUUUUUCUUUUUCUUUUCUAUUUUUUCUUUCUUUUUUUUGAGGAGAGUACAAACAAAACAGUAGGAACAAGUGUGAUGUCUCUGAGUUUUGACUGGCCAGACUCAAAGAGUGGAUUCAAGAGUGUUUUCCACUUUCUUCCAGGCUUCUCCAUGCCUCCUGCCAGUGAACAUGAGAGAUAAACCUUGUCAUAAAUUGCAAGAAAUGCUCCACCCUUUUCACGUGGAGGACUUUGCAAAUUUUUUUUAUGUGCUUCUCAAUACUUUUUAAUUUGAUGACUAUACAUGCUUAGACAUAUAUAUUAUCAUAACUUCAUAAAGUUAGAUGGAGUUGUCUCUUUGUACAUACAGAUUAUCCAGCGUUUGUUUUCCAUUUCUGUAAGAGGAACACACGGUUCAUUAUGCAAUGACAGCCUGGAUGGGAAAUGGCCACAGUACCUGACCAGAUAUUAACAAAGAAUGUGAUGUAAGAUGGGUUUCAUCUACUAUGAAGCUGUUUUGCAAACCCAUCUUCCAUCAGUGAAAACUUUGGUAACACAAUUUCUCUAGGCUGUAAGUAAAUUUAGCAGUGAAAAAAUAAUUGAAAAACAAUAAUCUAUGGAAAAUGCUUUUAAAUCUUUAAUAUUUUAUUUUUCAAAGUAAGAAUAAAACGAACUAUUGAAAUAGUGAAAAGA